CAAUAGGUCGACCUCUUAACAUCAUCGGUCGACCUCUGCUUGCAAGCAGAAUCAAUAACCCCAACAUUUACAUACAUCUACGAUACAAAAACAUAAAUAGGUCGACCUCAAAAACAUCUUAGGUCGACCUAAUACACGCCAUAGGUCGAACUCAGAAAAUCAAGCACAAAUCUGGGUCAAAGAAGGGCAAAACUAGAGUGCAAAACAUCAUAGGUCGACCUCUGUUAAUUAAAAACGAGAAUGGGUCAAAGAAUAAGGCCAAAACUUGUAAAAAAACGUCAUAGGUCGACCUCGUAAACGUCAUAGGUCGACCUCGGUGAAUAAGAAACAAGAAUUAAAGGGACCAAAUGCAUAAAAUUUAGAGUGCAGAACGUCAUAGGUCGACCUCAAUAACAUCGUAGGUCGAACUCAGUUAGUGAAGCACAAACUUGGUCGAAUAAGAAGGCUAAGACGCGUAACAAUAACAUCAUAGGUCGACCUCAAAAUCAUCAUAGAUCGACCUCAGUUAAUUACGCACAAAUAUGGGUCGAAGAUUAAGGCAAAAACUCGGCAAAAACGUCAUAGGUCGACCUCGUAAACAUCAUAGGUCGACCUCGGUGAAUAAAAACCAAGAAUGAAUGGGACCAAACAGGUAAAAUUUGGAGUGCAAAACGUCAUAGGUCGACCUCAAAAUCAUCAUAGGUCGACCUCAGUUAAUUAGGCACAAAUAUGGGUCGAAGAAUAAGGCAAAACGUCAUAGGUUGACCUCAUAAACAUCAUUGGUCGACCUCGGUGACUAAGAAACGAGAAUUAAAGGGACCAAACGCGAAAAAUUUAGAUUGCAGAACGUCAUAGGUCGACCUCAGUAAUAUCAUAGGUCGACCUCAGUUAGUGAAGCACAAACUUGGCCGAAGAAGAAGGUCAAGACGCGCAACAUUUGGUGGGCUAAACGUCAUAGGUCGACCUCAGUUAAUUACGCACAAAUAUGGGUCGAAGAUUAAGGCAUAAACUCGGCAAAAAAGUCAUAGGUCGACCUCGUAAACAUCACAGGUCGACCUCAGUGAAUAAAAAACGAGAAUAAAUGGGAUCAAACGCGUAAAAUUUAGAGUGUAGAACGUCAUAGGUCGACCUCAUUUAGUCAAGCACAAACUUGGUCAAAGAAGAAGGCCAAGACGCGUAAUAUUUGGUGUGUUAAACGUCAUAGGUCGACCUCAAAAUCAUCAUAGGUCGACCUAAGUUAAUUACGCACAAAAAUGGGUCGAAGAAUAAGGAAAAAAAUAUGCAAAAGUGUCAUAGGUCGACCUCAUAAAUAUCAUAGGUCGACCUCGGUGAAUAAAAAACGAGAAUGAAUGGGACCAAACACGUAAAUUUAGAGUGCAGAACCUCAGUGAUCGACAUCACGAGCAUCACAGGUCAACCUCAGUUCAUAAAAAACGAGAAUGUAUCAAAGCAUAGCUUAACAUUUGGAAUGCAAAAGGAAAUCGGUCGACCACGAAUAAGAUUAGGUCGACCAAAUCUGACGAACAGAACAGAAAAACCUCCAUUUUCCAGAUUUUGAUUUUUUUUUAAAAACCAUCUAAUCUACCAAUGAAGAACAUAAAACUCAAACCAAAUGAAAGGAAGAUUGAAAUACCCACCUUGUUCUACUUCUUAGUAGAGGAGGAUGAAAUAGAUUGGAGGUUUUUGUUCUUCUCCAAUGGGAUUUUUGAAAUUGGAGGAGAAGAAGAAGAAGGGAAAGGUGAGGAAGAAUAGGAGAUGUAGUGGAUAGGUUUCUAUUUUUGGUAUAGAAUGAGUGGAGGAGGUUUCUUAAAUAGGACAUUUUCUUGUAGCAGGCCGACCGUUUUUAUGUGUUUGUUUAUUUCAACCAACAAUCAACUAACUCAUAAAUUAUUAAGAUAAUUCAAAAAAAAAAAAAACAAUGCAAUCACAGUAAAAAAUAAAUAAAGUCCUAAAAAAUAAUAGAAGAAAUUUAAGAUCUUUCUUUGGGACUUUUUUCGGGCACUUAGGGCAAAAAUGGCCACAUUUCGAACACUUUCUUACGCUUUUGACCGAUGCACUUCGUGCUGACUUGAAUGUCCCCUUGGUCUUCCCAAUUUUUGAGUCUUUCACACUUUGAAGGGGUGCUGGAGGGUUUGCAGGUGCAGUAGUGUCUGUUCUCUCCCUCGAAAACUCAAUUGCCCAUUGAGUAAGGUCAUCCAACGACUUAGAGACAUGAUUAAAAGCAACUUCACUACCACACGCGAUGUCACACAAACGCUUACACUUUAGAGACAAUCCUCCAUGUGUUAUCAGUCGACCAACUUUCUCUCCCACAUCACCUCCAACUCCAGGAUGAAGAUUUAGAGUCUUCGCAUUUUGGAUCCAUCGAAGCUUGAACCACGUGGAGGGUAGUGCGGUGUAUCUCAUAUAUUUUAUUAAUGUAAGCAUAUGUCUGCAUGGAAACCCCUUAGAUUCAAAUAAUGCACACUCACAUUUUAGAUCUUGAUUGGUCGUAGUAAAUGUUAACCUCCUAAUCCGAUCCGGGUUGAUGCAGUUCUUCAUAAUGAAUGUCUAUGUCCCAUCUGAUGCAGUUCUUUUCUCCGCUAAAAUAUAAGAAGCUUCAUUCUCUAGUUCAGACUUGAAGAUAGCAAAUGUACGAUGUGUGUAGAUACUUUCAGCUUGCAUUUCCCAUGUGCGAAGGGCAUGCUUGCAGACCAGCCUCGUGUUCCUAGAAGAAUAAUCAUCCUGCACCUCCAUGAAACGCAUCCCCUCCAGUGCUUCAUCAAUGCCCUGAACAAACCAUUGCAAACUGUAUUGAGUUCCCACAUACCCAUUUAUCUAAUGGUUACAGGACUCACAUCGCGAGGUUGAUUGGAGUCCACCAAAAUAAAUAUCCUUCAAAUAUGCCUCUGCCCACAAGUAAUUUGUCAGCGUACAACUGCAACCACUUAUUUGCAGACAAACCGUGCUUACUAAUCAAACUCUCUCAGCGCCUCUCAAACUCCUCACUCGAUAUACGUGCUUUCGCCAAGUGGGUAAAUGCGCUAACGAACUCUCUAUUAUGAACGACUGUUGUCGCAUUUGUAUCAAUAUGCCAAAUACACAGACGGAGAGGCACUCCAACCAGAACAGUAGCAAUGGCGCCACGCAUAGACUUGCAUCCGUCUGUGAUCACUGAAGUAGGCAUCUGAUGGACCGUUAGUUACACAUGUUUUCACCCCUGUUCUUACACCGUUUGAGAUGUGGUUUCUCGUGUUUUAGACCGAUUUCACGCUAGGUUGUGCUUGUUUGUGAUAUUUCAGGUCCUGGCAAGUGAAUGAAGGUUUAGGAGCGAGUUCGGGGUCGAUUGGGCGAAGAUCGGGCGCGAGACAAGUCACAAAGGAGGUCACACGGGCUGCCCUGAUGAUCACACGGCCGUGUGAAGGAGUAGUCUGGCCGUGCGAGUUUUGCCGAGAGCAAACACGGGCAGAGCAGGACAUCCACACGGCCGUGCAGGAGGCCAGUCUGGCCGUGUGGAAUUCUGCGUGAGCAAACACGGGCAAAGAGGAAGUUCACACGGCCGUGCCACUCUGGCCGUGCAAAGAGCCUGGAAUUCGAACUAAUUGGAACGCAGCGUUUUGACUCACACGGGCAACUGGGUAAGCCACACGGCCGUGCCACCCUGGCCGUGUGAGUCGGGAUUUUCUGCUUAAAACCGAUUUUCAGCCAAAGGAGAGGAGGAGAGCUGGGUUUUGGAUCCCAAACACCCAAGGGACGAACCCUAGAGAGAGAGAGCGACUUGGGAACAUUCUUGGAGCUAUUUUGGAGGAUUUCUUCUCCAUUGGAGCUCGGGAAUCAAGCUUGGAGAUGGAGAUUGAAGAUCUAGAUCAGAUUUCUGCAGUCUCUCUCUUCUCUAUGGAGUAACUUCCCUUCACUUAGGUUUUGAGGAACCUUAGUUCCAUGAGUUAGGAUCUUUCUUGUAUGAAGUUUUGGAUGCUAUAUUGUUUGAUUAUAAUCGAAUGAUGCAUGUUUAUUGAGUCAAUUGAAGUCUGAUCAACUUUUCCUGAUUCCUGCUGCAAUCUGAGAUAGAUAGAAUCUGAUUAGGUUGCUAGAGUCUCAUCAUUCGGUAGUAGGAGAUUGGCUAUACGAGAGUUAGCCAGUUUACUCCUUUGUACUGGAAUCCAAUUCCGGUAGUGGAGUUCUGUGCUUAUUGCUUCAGCUUUCUAUCCCGGUGAAGACUAGUCGUCUGCCGGAUAGUUAGACUGAGAGGGCUUGGUCAGCUUAAGAGAUUCCAAGCUACUGCCGGAACUUCCGCAGUUUAAUCAACAGUAAAUCAACCAAAAGGAAUUACAACUUGGACCUAAUUGAGGAGCUAGGGGGAAUCAUACCUAAGUGAGUUCCCAAACUGUAACUAGUAGUUUUACUUAGUUUAGUUAGUAGAGUAGUUUAGUUAAUCAAUCCUUAAUCUAGUUUGCUAGAUAAUGAACUGAAGCUGAGUAAUGGUAACUCUAGAGACCCGUGGAUUCGAUAUUUAUUACUUGUGCCACUAUACUGCAGUCCCUUUCAUUGGUUACACUUGGCCAUUGUUAGGUGUUGUGUUUUAGCGAGUCAAGUUUUUGGCGCCGUUGCCGGGGACUUUCUAGAGUAUUAGGAAAGGCAGAAGUUUGUUACUUUAGCGUUUUUCUUUUCUUUUCCACCCUUGCUUUUCACUUGGGUGUUUUUGUUUUUGUUGGUGCAGAUCUGAAUCAUGGAUCCUAAUGGCUUCUCCAAUCAUUGGGGGUAUCCACCACCAUCCGGGUGGUAUUACCCCGUGACUCCCUACAGCAAUCAAGGAGGAGAAAACUAUGGAUUCGGGUUCCAGUACCAACCCCCAUUCUACGGAGAACAACCAGACCCCUGGGCAUAUCAAGAACAACCUCAUUACCAAGAAGACUUUCUCCCACAACCAGAAGGGCCAUCGGAGCUGGAGUUACCCAUGGCGGCCUUCACGGGCCACUCUGCAGAGCCAUGCUACACUUCACUGGAGGAUCCGAACAAACAAUUAAGGCUUUUCGUGGAGCAGUUUGCUCGAGACACUGAGAAAUCAUGCUCCAAGAUGGAUAUUCAAAUCAAAUCCCUUGCCACUUCUGAUCCCUCAUUUCUCCAUGAUAUGGAGGAGACUGUUCAGCGCUCAGCGAAGCAAACAGAGUGGGUGAAGCAAGUUUGCUCACAUCUUGCUCAAGAUCACCUUUCUGCUGCCACGCUAGAAGAGGUGGAGGAUGACAAAGGCUAUGAGAGCGUUGAGGAGCAUACAGAAGUUAUCACAGAGAACUCCCAUGAUAACCAUGAUCAGGAAAGUCCUUUGGUUGCAGACCACACCUUUCCUCAUUUAUGCUCUAACAUGCUGGGCCCGUGCGAGGAGAUGCAAGAUGAUCCCAUUGAAGAAAUUGCUUGGCGACUUGCUCUCCAAUCUGUUCUAGAAGAAGAAGAGCGAGCAAGGAUGAGGAAGGAAGUUGUGGAUGAUGAGGAAGAAAGAAAAGAAGAGGUGGUUCUUGAUCUUUUCCCAGGGGAGAGACCACAUUUUGAAGAAGAAAGGGGGGUUGAGGAAGCAAUUGGCGUCCAGGCUGAGGAUGAAGUUGAGGUGGAAGAGGCUUGCACCGGCCCUAUGUUACAUUUGAUAUCUCCACCAAACUUCGAGGAGCUGCUCGGCAAGGACCCAUUUGCAGUGUCUUUUUGCCAGACCAAGGCCACAUCAACAUCGGUCCCUCUUGGUGGACGCGAUGGUGGCCAAUCGAUGCUGUCAUAUCUGGUUUGGGGCAAUGAGACGAGAGAAGAGAAGAAGAGGUCUCGAGGGUGGAGACUUCAUCUGCAUCAAGUACAUGAGCCUUCAUCACCUGCCACACCACAUGCUCGUGACUUGAGACUCCACCUCAUCGACGAGAACCUCAACUUCAAGGAGGUUCUAGCAUGGACCGAAACUUAGGAGCCAUCGUCCGGCUCACGACGUGAAAGAAGCGCUUGUUGGGAGGCAACCCAACCAGUCGGUUUGCAUUUCUUUCUCUAUUUCUCCUCGGUUGAGUCAGUUUUGUUAUUUGAUUUUAGAGUCAAUAACUCAACCUUUGUGAG